AUGGCGACUUUGCAGUUGCCAAAGCUCAACAUCCCGGCGUCCUCGGCGACGGUGAGCGUGUCGAUCAUCAACAGCAGCGGCACUCUCCGGGGCGUGCGAGCACGACGGUUCAUCGAGCCCGAGAUCCCCGGCCACGACUGGCUGGCGACACCCAUCUUCUCGUUCCUGGUCGAGCAUCCGACGCUCGACCGCUCGAUCGUGUUCGAUCUCGGCAUGCGCAAGGACUGGUGGAACUGGCCUCCCCCCUUGGCCGAGCGGCUGCGGACGAGUGGCUACACGCCGUGCGUCCCGAGGCACGUCCGCGAGAUCCUCGACGCCGGCGGUGUCGACACGGCCAAGAUCGAGGCCGUGGUCUGGUCGCACUGGCACUUUGACCACACGGGCGACCCGGCCACGUUUGACCCUUCGACCGCGCUCAUCGUGGGGCCCGGCUGCAAGCAGCACAUUUUUCCCGGCUGGCCGGCGAACCCGCGCGCCGCGUUCAGCGAGGCCGACUACGCAGGGCGGGAAGUGCGGGAGCUCGACUUCUCCCCGGGCCCGGGCCGGCUCAAGAUCGGCCGCUUCGACGCGCUCGACUACUUUGGCGACGGGUCGUUCUACUUCCUCGACAGCCCUGGCCACGCGAUCGGCCACAUCUGCGGCCUGGCCCGGGUCAAGAGCCGCGGUGCCGGGGGCCCCGGGGCCGAUCCGGACACCCAGGACAGCUUCAUCCUGAUGGGCGGCGACGCGGUGCACCACGGCGGUGAGCUCAGGCCACACACAUGGCAUCCUUUGCCUGCGGAGAUAACGCCGCACCCGUUCGAUCCGCUGUCGAGAGCGCCCUGCCCGGGCGAGAUAUUCGACUGCGUGCUCAGAGAUGUGCCGGGCAGUUGUAAUGGCGGUGGUGGCGGUGGUGACAGUGGCAGUAACAGUGGCGGCAGCACCAAGAAGGACCGGCACUCCCCGAUAUACCUGCCCCAGGGCGACCCUGCGUACGGCGUCGUGCCGCAUCACGACAUCCCCGAGAUGAUCGACUCGAUCAGGAAAGUGCAGGAGGCGGACGCGCACAGCAACAUCCUGGUCGUCGCGGCGCACGACCAGUCGCUGCUGGACAUUGUCGACUUCUUCCCCGCCCGGGCGGACGAGUUUGCGGAGAAGGGGUGGGUACAGAAGGCGCGGUGGGCGUUCCUGAUGGACUUUGCCAGGUCGGUCGGGUUUGAUGGGGAUCUGGAGGCUCUUCGCGGCGGCGUUGGUGCUGGCGAGGAGGGAACCACGCGAGGAGCAGGAGGAGGAGAAAGUAAGGGGUGGAAGCAGGAGAGGAUGACGAGACUUGCGGAGAGGACUGGCGACUUCUCAGGCCUGCCCAAGGAGGAGAACGUGAGGGCCUGGGUAGAGAGAGGGGCGAAUGUUCACUCUUGA